AAAGACUUGUAAUUCGUCUCCUCUUUCCCUCUCUCGAAGGAAACAGAACAAAGCCAAAAGCACUCGCAUCGCAGUGUCUCUUUCCUCCUUUAUCACUCUUAACAUACCAACCGCUCCCUCUCUCUCUUCGUCUUCUCCGACAACGUUUAAGGACUUCUGGUUGUAGAAGAAGACGCUGUAAUUGCAUAGUUGUGAGUUUUGAUAUGGGGAAUGCGUGUUGUGUUGCUCCUCGUGACAAAAUGGUCAUCCUGCCUAACUCAUCAUCAGCUGUUGAGAGGAGGCAUUCUCCUACUUGGAGUUUCCGCUGGGAUAAUAAUAAUAGAGGACGUGUAGCUGGUGAAGAUACCUCUCUCUGCUGGUUGUCUGAUCAUGAUGGGAUUAGUAGGAACGAUGUGUCUGACAUCAAAUCUGAUUUUUUAUCAUCUCAAGGCUCCCCUUUGGAUAGUUUUCGGACACAUACUUUGCAGAAAUCUCCUGCCUCAGAUGUAUCUUUUCCAAUAAGUUCUUUCAUCGAUACAGUCUUCGAGCAGAAAGAACAUGAUUCGACAAAAUUUGCAGCACCUUCAUACCCAUCUCCUCCACAAUUGUCUCAAUCACUGGCUUCACAGCCAUCUUCUUUCCCAGCGUCUCCACUUCCAUCCCAGAUCUACUUGCACCCUGCAAGUUCAUCGACACUUAAUCCGACACAGCGCCCUCGUCUAUCAAAGCAAGUCUCAGAUGGUCAGAUCUCUGGAAUGAACUCACUAAGUGGAAGCUCAAUAACUGAAGAAGAGAGGCAGGGAACUCCUUUGAGAUAUGAUUCUUCUCAGAGUGGACCAUCUGAAGGUUGGUCACUGCAAGCCUUUUCUGAGAUGAUGUCAUCUUCUCGCAGCACCGAGCCUCUGUCUUAUGAUAAUAAUGACUGCUUUGGACUUGAACGGGACAAGACAGGCCCUCACGGCAACCGAAUGUCCAGUCAUCAGCAGAAAACUUGUGGUGCCUGCUCCAGACCCUUGUCAGAGAAAUCCUUGUGGAGUAGCCAAAAUAUCUUUAUGACCAACGAGCUCUCUGUGUCUGCAAUUCUAGCUUGUGGUCAUGUUUAUCAUGGCGAGUGUCUAGAGCAGAUGACUCUAGAAAUCGAUAAAUUCGACCCUUCAUGUCCUAUCUGUACAUUGGGUGAGAAGAAAACAGCGAAGCUGUCAGAGAAAGCGUUGAGAGUGGAGAUGGAUUUGAAAGCUAGGCACAACAAAAGACUCAGAAACCGAGUUUUGGACAGCGGUUUUGAUUGCGAUGAUAUUGUAAUGUUUGAUGAGAGCCACAUGGCGGCAGCAGCAGAGAGGAGUCCUAAACUGGUCUCAAGUUCAAGCGUCAAGAGCUAUUCCGCAAAGCCUUUCUUGGCUAGACAUUUUUCAUUUGGGUCCAGUAAAUCGAGUAAAGAGAAUCUUCCUGUCAAAAAGAAAGGCUUCUUUUGGACCAACUCCAGCAAAAUAUGAACUUAUUCUGCGUUGCUCUCUACUGUUGGAAGCAUAGAACUAGACACACAGGGACACGGUGCCAAUGAGUUAAGGCAGGCUAUUUGUUGGUUACACACUUUCCUCAUUGGCUUUUUUUUUAAUUGUUUCCUAAAUUGUCAUACAUGUAAAAAGUUACAAAUUUGGGGAUAAAAAAAAACAUUGGAUAGUUAGCCGAUAAAUUAUUAUGGUUGUGCAUAGAUCAGAAUUUGACUCUGAAAACGCAAGCGAGUGGUUCUGGUUUGUAUUAAAUCUUCACCUCGAUUACACUUCUUUCUGUCAAUAUUGAUUUGUUUCUUUUCCA